GGUCAGAAGUAAGACAUGGAUCUCACUGAGCUAAACUCUAGAUGUUACAGGCUGCAUUCCACUCUGGAAGCUGAAGGGAAGAAUCUGUUUUCUUGGUAUUACAGAUUGUUGACAGAGUACAAGUCCCUAGAAUUUUAGACCUGAGGUCACAGUUCCUGCCUGGGUAUUAGCUGAGGGCUAGUCCCAGCUCUAAAGGCUGCCUCAACCUGGCUCCUAGCUCCCUCCUCCAUUCAAAGCAUCAACAGAAGGUUGACUAUUUCUCAAUCUUAGCUUUUUCUUGAUUCUUUUUCUAUUUCAUCUCUUUUGACUCUUCUGCCUUCUACUUUAAGUACUUGUGCUAUUUGAGACUGAGUGCACCCAGACAAGUCAGAAUAAUCCCUCUACUUUAAUGACCAAACCUUAAUUCAAUGUGUAAGAUCCACUUUGCCACAUAAUACAUCAGACCCACAAGUUUUAGAGGGGCAAUUGUUGGGAGGUGAGAGGAUGGGAGUGCUAUUCAGCCUGCCACACGUGUUUGGGAAGUGAUGCCAGGAAACACAAGCACAGAAAGAAAAUGAGUCAGAGAAGGGAGAGACCCAGUUAUAUAAAAAAUGGCAUUAAGCAUUCAUUAAUGAGUUACUAACGGUGUGGACAACUUGGCUGACUUCCACCCAGGAUUCUAAGACAUGAAAUUCUGGGGUAUACCAGAAUCUUCCUAAGAGCUGGGGAUAGAGUGGGAGGGGAACAUUCACAUCUUGCAUCCUCCUGUUCUUUAAUGAUUGAAGGUUUCCUCUUAGGAUCAGCUCUCAUGCAAGGGCUGUGCAUCACUGGUGUUAGAGACAGCCCUGAGGCAGAGGAGAAGAGAGGCAGACACCUUACAUCAGAAGUCAUGAUCCAUGCAGGAAACCAUCUGCCUCAGUUAUUGGUGAGAGAUGCCAAGAGAACAGAUCCAUAGCAUCUGUUCUCAGGGCUCUGCUUCUGAGAAUAUAGUGAAUAUACUGUCAAGAUAUAUUUGCCCUCCCUUCAACCCAUUCAUUUAUUCACAAGUGACCCCCUGUCUUCCAAUACAUGUCCUCAUCACACUACCCUUCUGCUUCACCACCUAGAUUCGAUCUGGGAUGGUCCUGUGGCCUGGCCAGGUCUCCUAUUGAUUUUUUUUUUUAUGUUAAAGAGGUUCUGAUGGCCAGUCUGCUAAUUUUCUUGGAAGCAAAAGAUUUCAUAAUGACUCAGUGGCACUUAGAGGAAUAUUGACAACUGUUCUUCAGAAAAGUUAUUCUGAAACAUAUCUGUACAAUGACAGUAGAGUCUGUGGUAGAAAGUAAGUGUCAAAUCAAAUGUUGCCAAAGGAUGAAGGCCAACUGGAACAUCUUCUGAACUUCCAUCUUCUCUCCCCAUUAGGAUCUCAUCUCCCUGAAGGAAAGGAUUUUUGACUCUCCCUCUGUAUCCUCAGCAACUUCUCCACCCAAUAGUUGUUGAAAAGCUACUGCAGCUGUUGUCUCUCUUUCCUUUUUCUCCCUUCCUGCCGCUCAUGCCUGCUUCCAGCAACCCCCUUCCCUCCUGACCUCCAAGCCUCCAUACCUAGCAGCUUGAACAGGACCAGUGCAAGAGAGCGAGCGCCACACCCACACCCAAUCACACAGGGACUGCCAUGCAUCAAAUAUCUAAGUCAGGAUACCCACCCCUUUAUGUAGACCUCACCUUCUGAACAGCAACGCCACUGAACUGCUGAGAAUCUUAAGGCUUUGAAAGAAAAAAAAAGAAAAAGAAUAACAAAGAAAAAUGUUUCUUAUUUUAGAAGAAAGAAAAGGGAGAUUAAAAAGACACAAUAUUCUCAAAAGUUUAUUUGCUAGUUGGCAUUUGUUUUUGUGCAUUCCACCUAGUAACCGGUGAGAAAUAAGGAUCAAGGAAACCAUUGGCUAGCUGACCCACAGCCGGCCAAUCCUGGGCUCGAAAGAGUUCAUUGGAAAUCUUGGGACUUUGUGGCCACGCGGGGCACCAGAUAUGAGCUCCCAACGUCGCAACUAAUGGGAGGUGAAAAAUUUUGCUCUUCUAUUUUGAGUCUGUUUGUUCUCGAGUGUUGCCUGUGCUCAUGGGCGGGUUGGAGAAAAGAGGGACGACUGGAAAAAUCAUCAUUUGGGGGGGUCAGAGGAGAAAAGAAAAUACAGAGGUUAAAUCUAGAAGGCUUGUGGUCACUGCCUGUGCUGGGUGAUUAUGUUCUUGGUACUUCCGAAGCCGGCUGCCUCCCUGCACGUCUCCCUGCCAGCUUCCCUCCUCCUCCACCUCCUCAGCCUGCUUGCACUGGUCUCUGCCCAGUUUACAGUCAAGGGACCAGCUGAUCCAAUCCUGGCCAUAGUGGGAGAAAACAUCACAUUACACUGCCACCUGUCCCCAGAGAAAAAUGCUGAGGACAUGGAGGUGCGAUGGUUCCGGACUCAGUUCUCCCCAGCAGUGCUGGUGUAUAAGGGCAGGCGAGAGAGAACAGAGGAGCAGAUGGAGGAGUACCGAGGAAGAACUACCCUUGUGAGCAAAGACAUCAGUAGAGGCAGCGUGGCGCUGGUCAUACACAAUGUCACAGCCCAGGACAAUGGCAUCUACCGCUGUUACUUCCAAGAAGGCAGGUCCUAUGAUGAGGCCAUCAUGCGCCUCAAGGUAGCAGGUCUGGGCUCUCAGCCCCUUGUUGAAAUGAAGGGACAUGAGGAUGGCGGCAUCCGGCUGGAGUGCACAUCCGGAGGGUGGUAUCCAGAGCCCCUGGCAAUGUGGAGGGACCCCUAUGGUAAGGACGUAUCUGCCCUGGAGGAGGCUUACACUGCUGAUGAACACGGCCUCUUCCUGGUGACCACAACUGUGAUCAUCAGAGACAGCUCUGUGAGGAACAUGUCCUGCUCUGUCACCAACACCUUGCUCGGCCAGGAAAAGGAAACUGUGGUUUUCAUUCCAGAAUAUUUCACACCCAGCAUAUCUCCAAUAGUUGUGAUCCUGGCUCUCAUCCUGCCUAUUCUCAUCAUCCUUAUGGCUGUGAGCAUGUGUUGCAUCAAGAAACUCCAGAGGAAAAAGAAGAUAUUGUCAGAGGAAAAGGAGGCAGAACAGGAAGAAAAAGAAAUUGCACGGCAACUUCAAGAAGAAUUGCGAUGGAGAAGAACACUCUUAAAUGCUGCUGAUGUGAUCCUGGACCCAGACACAGCUCAUCCUGAGCUCUUCCUGUCUGAGGACCGGAGAAGUGUGAGACGCGGCCCUUCCCGCCAGAGUGUGCCUGACAACCGUGAGAGGUUUGACUGUCGGCCUUGUGUCCUGGGCCGGGAGAGCUUCACCUCAGGAAAACAUUACUGGGAGGUAGAAGUUGAAAAUGUGAUGGGAUGGACAGUGGGUGUUUGUAGAGACAGUGUUGAGAGGAAAGGGGAGGCCCUGUUGCUUCCUCAGAAUGGCUUCUGGACCCUGGAGAUGUUUGAAAAUAAGUACCGGGCCCUAUCCUCCCCUGAGAGGAUUCUCCCUCUGAGAGAGCGUCUUUGUAGGGUGGGCGUCUUCCUGGACUAUGAAGCUGGAGAUGUCUCCUUCUACAACAUGAGAGACAGAUCACACCUCUACACAUGUCCCCGUUCAGCCUUUGCUGGCCCCCUCAGGCCUUUCUUCAGGCUGGGGUCUGAUGACAGCCCCCUAUUCAUCUGGCCAGCACUCAUGGGAGCCAAUGGUGUCAUGGUGCCUGAGGAGGGCCUGAUUCUUCACAGAUCACAAACCCACCACCUCCUACAAGACCAAUUCCCUGGUCUCCCAGCCACGUAGAGAAGCCCUCUCAGCUGCCACUGUUAGGGCCUCCUGGCUGAGUAUAGGCCUCCUUCCCUCUAGUCAUAUAAGCUGCUUCUUCACACCGGUUUUAGGGCUCAGCCUUGGCUCUCCCCCUCACCAGGCUGUGGCUUUUUUAUCUCCUCUGCUUGUCCGUAUGGGGAAGAUCUGGUGUUAGGCAGCUACUACUGUAACACAGCUCCCAGGCAAGACAAAAGUGUGAAAAGAUGGUGGGCAGCCAACCCGCUCCUUUACCAUCAUGGUGACAGUGUCAAUCCUGAUACUCCAGUUGGCAUCAGAUGUUGUGUACAUGGGAUGAGGGCAACAUAAUCCACCAGGAUGUAAGAGGAGGAGGGAACCACAUAUGGGGGUCAGAGACAGAGGUAGUGAGACCAGAGAGGUGGGAGAUGAUGAAGGUUGUGAGUGUCCCACCCUGACAGCUAAAGGGGUACUUUGAGAUGAUGGACUAUUUCCACCCAACCCCUAAGAUUUCCAGACCACACACCCACGGGCUUAGACUGAGAUGGAAACAAAUGAAGGACACAGAUGCAUGUUGAUCUGGGCUUGCUCAGGUGUCCCUGCGAUCAACAAGGUGUCAGUACUCAGUCACUGAGCAUCGCUUGAGGUUUAAUGUCCUGCCUGAGUAGUAAACUACCGCACCAGGUCUACCUUAGGGUUCAGGUUGAAAGGGGACAGCAGUGUUUUAAAGCUUUCUGGUCUCAGGAUGGCUUUAUAUCCUUAAAAAUUAUUAAGUAACCCAAGAAAAUUCUGUUCAUUUGAAUUAAUAUUUAUUAAUAUUUAUGGCAUUCUAGAUUGAAACUGAGAAAAUUUUCUAAAUAUUUAUGAAUUUACAUUAAAUAACAUUAACAAACAAAAUAUAAAUGAAUACAAGUAGCAUAUAUUAUGAAAAUAACUUAUUUCCAUGCAGAAUAAAUUUAUUGAAAAGUAUAAUACUGUUUUAUGUUUCACAAAUCUACUGUCUGCUUUAAUAAAAGAUAUCUGUAUUCUCAUA